GGAACAGAGAAAAAGAGAGCAGCAGCAGGAGGCAGCAAGAACUGGGACUGCUUUUCUGUACUGCAACUGGUGGGGUUCAUCUCUAUGCAUUUGUGUCCGGAAACCCUGACAAGAGCUGGGUCCCAGUUUUCCUUGUACUGUGUGCGUCUCAACCGAUAAGAGUUUAUAUGCAUGUGUCUUGCCAUGUCCUAUCCUCAGGGCUACUUAUACCAACCAUCUGCUUCUUUGGCUCUGUACUCCUGCCCUGCUUACAGCACCACUGUCAUCUCUGGACCCAGGACUGAUGAGCUUGGGAGGUCCCCUUCUGGCUCUGCCUUCUCACCUUACGCUGGAUCUACAGCUUUCACUGCCAGCUCUGCUGGCUUCAACUCUCCCCUCCAGUACAGCGGGGACCCAGCUGCUGCCUUUACUUCCUAUGUGGGCUCUCCGUAUGAUCACAGCGCUGGCAUGGCUGGAUCAUUAGGAUAUCACCCAUAUGCUGCUCCUUUGGGAACGUAUCCUUAUGGCGACCCAGCGUACAGGAAAAAUGCCACCAGAGAUGCAACUGCCACUUUGAAGGCCUGGCUCAACGAACACAGGAAGAAUCCUUACCCCACAAAGGGCGAGAAGAUUAUGUUGGCUAUUAUUACUAAGAUGACCCUAACUCAAGUGUCCACCUGGUUUGCUAACGCAAGGAGGAGGCUAAAAAAAGAAAAUAAAAUGACAUGGACUCCGAGAAACAGGAGUGAGGAUGAGGAGGAUGACGAAAAUAUUGAUCUGGAAAAAAAUGAAGAAGACGAUCCAAGAAAACUUGAAGAGAAGGGGGACCAAGAUGGAGAUGCAGGGGAUCAAAAGAGGAGCCCUAGUGCGGUGGAUUUUGACAGGUUAGAAGGUGAAGUACGUCAGGGUAAGGAGUUGGACCAGACAAGGAGCGAUUCUGAACAGAACGAAGUAGAGGAAAGAAAUGAUCUUCUGUCCAAAAACUCUGCUCCCCCCACCUCACCCCUGUGCCCUCCAGAUCAGUCCCCGCAGGCCCAAGAAGAUCAGAACUUGCAUCGUCACACUGUUCACAACCACCACCACCAGUCAAUCCAGCAACUACAUCACCACAGUCACCAGUCUCAUCCAUUAGACCUGGUGCAUAGGAACGCUCUUGUCCAACAUGGCCCAGUCACCAACAAUGCCACCUCAGUUAUCCACUCCCCACCAGCUUCCACCUCAAAGCCUAAACUCUGGUCACUGGCAGAGAUAGCAACUUCUUCGGACAAAGUCAAAGAAAGCAGCGAUGCUGCUGCAGUUGCAGGGACCACUCCAGCCCAGUCUAUGGUUGUUAGUGCCUCUUCUCCAUCCAGAUCACCUUCGGCACAAUGCCAUUUCCCCAGCAACACCGUUCUGUCUCGUCCCCUUUAUUACAGCAAUCCCUUUUACCCUGGUUAUACGAACUAUGGCACUUUCAGUCACCUUCACAGCCACCAUGGACCUAGCACAACUAGCCCAACGGUUAACAGCACCCAUCAUUUCAGUGGAAUAAACCAGACUGUAUUAAACAGAGCCGAGGCUUUGGCCAAAGAGUGCAAACUUAGAAGCCAGUCACAAGCUGACCUAAACAAAGACACGCCUUAUGAAAUGAAGAAAGGUAUGUCUAGCAUUUAAUUUUGGCUUCCUCUACAGGCCUUGGACUUCCAUUUUUUAAUUUAUUGAACAUACAAUGCCUUGUUAGUGUAUUCCUUCACCAUCAAGAAAAUAAUUAUUAACGGUUGAAAUCCAAAGUAUUUUUGGUACUUUGAUUUAACAGAUGUCUUAAUCCAACUGCAAGAAAAUACCUGAUUUGUAUUAAUCGGAUUCUGUAUAUUUACGUAGCGAAUUUGUAUUUAAAUGGAUCAUCAAUAUCAGUAAAUUAUGAAAACAA